AUGGAAAAUAUAACACCGCCUGGAAACCAAGCCUACGUGCUUGGUGUGGGUAUGACGAAAUUCACGAAGCCUCGUGGAGUGUGUAAGUACCCAGAAAUGGGCUACGAGGCCGGUGUCAAGGCCAUGCUAGAUGCCCAGAUCAACUACGACGACGUUGAGCACGGCGUGGCCUGUUUCGCGUACGGAGACUCUACAUCAGGUCAACGCAUUUUUUACCAAUUUGGCAUGUCUACCAUCCCCAUCAUUAACACGAGCAAUGCCUGUGCUACUGGGUCCGUGGGGCUCUAUCUGGCUCGUACACUCGUGAGGAGCGGCACCGUGGACUGUGUCCUGGUAGUAGGAGCUGAACAGAUGAAGCCUGGCAGUCUCAAGAGUGCCUGGGACGAUAGACCCAGCUCCAGCGGACGUUUUGCUGCGAAGCUGCGCGAGUUGGUUGGGGUUGAGAAGGCAGCUCCCUUGACAGCUCAGUACUUCGGACAGGCAGGUCGAGAGUAUAUGGAAAAGUACGGAGCAAAAGCAGAAGACUUUGCCGAGAUUGCACGCAUCUCGCACGAACACUCUCAGCGCAAUCCGUAUGCUCAGUUCCAGCGAAGCUACUCUCUCCAAGAGGUCAAGGACUCGCCAGCCAUCUUCGCUCCCUUGACCAAGCUGCAGUGUAGUCCCACAAGCGAUGGCGCAGCAGCAGUAGUCAUCGUCUCGCAACGUUUCUUGGAUGCCCGUCCACAUCUCAAGGGCCAGGCUAUUUUAAUGGCGGGACAGUCUUUCUUGACCGACUCUCCCGCGGCUUUCGGGACAAGUGCAAUCGAGCUUGUCGGCUACACCAUGACACAGCGAGCAGCCCAAGCCGCGAUGAGGGAGGCCGGAAUACAAUCCAGCGACGUCAGAGCCUGCGAGUUGCACGACUGCUUCUCCACGAAUGAAAUGGUACUCUUGGAUGCAUUGGGGUUUUCUGAACCCGGAAAGGCGCACGAGAUGGUUCGCCGAGGAGACAUUACGUUUGGUGGCAAGAUGGUGGUGAAUCCUUCUGGAGGCCUCAUAUCCAAGGGCCAUCCCAUCGGCGCCACAGGUUUGGCCCAAUGUGCUGAGUUGACAUGGCAGCUGCGAGGCUGGGCCAACAACAGGCUCGUGGACAAGACGAGAGUUGCACUACAGCAUAACUUGGGUCUCGGAGGCGCCGUGGUCGUCAACGUCUACAAACGGGCUGAUGGCCAGACCAACCUAGCGGUCAGCAACAACGAAAUUGCGUCGACGAGUUGGCUGGGGUACAAUCAUGCUGUAGAGGCCCGCGGCAUUACGGACAGUGACGCUGAUAGGGUGAGAAGCAAGAAGAACCGGAACGAUUUUGCUGUAGGAGAUACUAGAGAAAGGCUUGUUGCUCAAGCCAAUUUAUAG